CAGAGAGAAACCAGCAAUCUUUAAACUCGAGCUUUUUUUUCCCCCUUCCCCUCUUUUUUUUUUUUUUUUUUGGUAACGAUGUGCUAAAAUCUCUCCUGCAAACCGCCCUUGCAGAAGAGAAAGAACUUAAGAGGCUAAUAUUUUGCAAAGGAGACAGAGAGACUGAUACUGCAAUAUAGCUCUCAUCUCUCUCCCUUCUUCCCAAUUAGAUGCUGGUUUUAAUUGCGGAGGGUAUUUCUCUUUUCGUGCUUUCAACCAUCUCUUUCCCACAGGGGAGGGCUUCAUUUGCAAGUUGAUCCUAAGGAUUUCUGUUCCUCUGGCAUUUCUCUCCCCUAAAUGCAUCUGCCUGCUCUUAAGUUUGUGGAUGGGGGGCAAAAUUUUCUAGUUCAUACACAAGGAAGGCAAAAAGGACCUUUUCUCUUGAAAGAUUAAGACUAAAAGCAACGAUCGUUCCAAAUAAUUCUAAUGGGCAUUUCAGUGAUUCAAGGAAGGCUGCAUCACCGCCGUUAUUAUCACCAUCCUUAGCAUUUCUCUGUGCCCAUACAUUUAAAAUAUCUGGUGAAAGGAAGGGUGAAACCAUAUGUUGAAGGAGCUGCAUCUCAUUAGUACAGUAUUAUUUUCAUCUGAUUGGAGAAGAAUGGUGUCUUCAUUCGGAAACGUAUAUAGUAGGAUAGAUAAUUUAUCGGCUGGUAAGUGUCAAGGUAUUUUUUCUUCCACUUUCAGCUUUUUAACCGGGUCUCCUGCUUGGUCCUGGGGGCGCAGAAUACCCUAAUCCAAGGCAAGCUGAGCGUUUCAAUCCUAGGUGCCUCUUUAGCUGUCACUUCCCUUUAGAUCUGCUGAUCGCAUGGGCAUGUGCUUUAGAAAGAUUAAUCAUCUCUAAAUGCUUUAAUCAGCUAAAAUGACUAAUAUGUGGUAUGUAUUUAUCUGAUAAUAUACCAGUUGCAUUAAUUCAUCGGUGUGUUUGAAAUGGAAAGAUUUUCUUUUACAUCAGGGUUGUUAAGCACUAUUUUAAAGAUAAUGUUGGGAUUUCUGAAGGGAAUCGUUUUGCCAGGGACAUCAGCAAACCUUGCACAUUCCUUUGAACUUAUGUAUGGAAUAUAUUGAGCUGGGAGGGAGACAGAUUCGAGGAUUAAGAUUCAAUAACUUUGCGAGUUUGCAUGUAUGAAAGAUACAGUUUGACGCUGGAGAAAUCUACCCACUGGUACUGCCCCCCGUAGUCAACGCGGACUAUGAUGUCUACAAAGCUAAAAUUGCGAACAAGUGUGACCUAACGUGUAGUUCUAAACACUGGUCCUAUGGCGGAAAACAUGUAAAGACGCAACACGUUCAGCCUGUGUGCUCGUGUUGCUGUGUGGUCUGCAUGUGCCAUCCUCUUUAUAGGUGGCAUUUACCAAAGGCGAGGGGGGGGGGGAUAAGGGAGGCUGAUAUCGCGUGAUCAAACCUUCUAACAUCUCUUAAGUAUAAAUCAGGGCAAGGCUCACCCAUCCGACACCCCUAGAGUUGGUUGUGAACAUCUGUCCAACAAUUGCUGAACUUUCCAGGAGCCUAACACGAGUCUAUCAGGUAGGGGCUUAAUAAAAAGAGCGGGGCAGGACAGCAAUACUGAAAUCUACAUUUUUCUUCCCGUUGCAGUUUUGUAAACAUCAACAAAUGAUGAAACCUUCCACGGCAGAGACGCUUUAUAAAGGAAGGAUGUUGUGGAUAAUUCUUCUAAGCACAAUUGCUCUAGCAUGGACUACACCAAUUCCCUUGAUAGAGGACUCGGAGGAACUUGAUGAGCCCUGCUUUGAUCCAUGUUACUGUGAAGUGAAGGAGAGCCUUUUCCAUAUACAUUGCGACAACAAAGGAUUUAUAAAUAUUAGUCAGAUAACAGAGUCGUGGUCGAGACCUUUUAAACUUUAUCUGCAGAGGAAUUCCAUGAGGAAAUUGUACACCAACAGUUUUCUUCACUUGAACAAUGCUGUGUCUAUUAACCUUGGGAACAAUGCACUGCAGGACAUUCAGACGGGGGCUUUUAAUGGGCUCCGAGUUCUGAAGAGGUUGUAUUUGCACGAAAACAAAUUGGACAUUUUCAGAAAUGACACUUUCCUGGGUUUGGAAAGUCUGGAAUAUCUGCAGGCAGAUUACAAUGUCAUUAAACGGAUUGAAAGCGGGGCAUUUCGAAACCUAAGUAAAUUGAGGGUCCUUAUCCUAAAUGACAAUCUUAUCCCCAUGCUUCCCACCAACUUAUUUAAGUCUGUGUCCUUAACCCACUUGGACUUGCGCGGGAACCGGCUAAAAGUCCUUUCGUACCGUGGGAUGUUGGACCACAUUGGCAGGAGCCUGAUGGAGAUCCAGCUGGAGGAGAACCCGUGGAACUGUACAUGUGAGAUUGUGCAGCUGAAGAGCUGGCUGGAGCGCAUCCCCUACACCGCCCUAGUAGGGGACAUUACCUGUGAGACCCCCUUCCACUUCCACGGGAAGGACCUGCGGGAAAUCAAAAGAAGUAAGCUCUGCCCCAUGCUGUCUGACUCCGAGGUGGAAGCCAGCCUGGGCAUACCUCAGCUGUCGUCCAGCAAGGAGAACGCGUGGCCUACGAAGCCUUCCUCCAUGCUGUCCUCCUUCCAUUUCACUGCUUCCUCUGUUGAGUACAAAACAUCCAACAAGCAGCCCAAACCCACCAAGCAGCCCAGGGCCCCCCGGCCUCCCCCGACAUCCCGGGGCCUGUACCCUGGGCCGAACCAACCGCCCGUGGCUGCUUACCAGACCCGGCCUCCCAUCCCCAUCAUCUGCCCUACCGGGUGCUCUUGCAGUUUGCACAUCAACGACCUGGGCCUGACCGUCAACUGCAAGGAGCGGGGGUUCCACAACAUCUCCGAGCUCCUGCCCAGGCCCUUGAACGCCAAGAAGCUGUACCUGAGCGGGAAUUUGAUCCAGAAAAUCUACCGCUCCGAUUUCUGGAAUUUUUCUUCCUUGGAUCUCUUACACCUGGGGAACAACCGGAUCUCCUACGUGCAGGACGGGGCUUUUAUCAACCUGCCGAAUCUCAAGAGCCUGUACCUGAACGGCAACGACAUCGAGCGGCUCACCCCGGGCAUGUUCCGGGGCUUGCAGAGUUUGCAUUACCUGUACUUCGAGUACAACCUGAUCAGGGAAAUCCAGCCGGCGGCCUUCAGCCUCAUGCCCAACCUGAAGCUGCUCUUCCUCAACGACAACCUGCUGCGCACCUUGCCCACCGACGCCUUUGCCGGCACCUCCUUGGCGCGCCUCAACCUGCGCAACAACCACUUCUUGGCGCUGCCGGUGGCCGGGGUGCUGGAGCACCUCCACGCCAUCGUCCAGAUCGACCUGAAGCUCAACCCCUGGGACUGCACCUGCGACCUGGUGCCGCUCAAGCAGUGGCUGGAGGCGCUCAGCUCCGUCAGCGUGGUGGGCGAGGUGCUGUGCGCCAGCCCCGAGCGCCUGGCCCGCCGCGACCUGCGCUCCCUGGAGCUGGCGGCGCUCUGCCCGGCCGCGCUGCGCCCCGCCGCCGCCGCCGCCUCGCCUCCCGCCGCCGCCCCCCCGCCGCCCGCCGCUACCGGCGCCGCCGCCUACGAGCUGCCGCCGGCCGCCGCCGUGCCGCUCUCCGUGCUCAUCCUCAGCCUCCUCGUCCUUUUCUUUUCCGCCGUCCUGGUGGCCGCGGGGCUUUUCGCCUUCGUGCUGCGCCGCCGACGGAGGAAGGUGCCGUUCCGCGCCCCGCGGGCGGAGGCGGGGGACCUGGGCGGCGUCCCGCUGCGCUGCCCGCGGCUCUUCGAGGAGGGCGGCGGCGGCGGCGGCGGUGGUGGCGGCGGCGUUGGCGUUGGGGAGCGCUCCCCGGAGAAGGCGCCCCCGGCGGGACACGUGUACGACUACAUCCCGCACCCGGUGACCCAGAUGUGCAACAACCCCAUCUACAAGCCUCGAGAGGAGGAGGAGGCGGCGGGCGGCGGCGAGGCGGCGGAGCUGCUGCGGGCGGGCGGCGAGCGCUUCUCCCACACCGCGGCCGCCGCCGCCGCCUCGUCGGGCGCGCAGGAGCCGGGCACCAACUACCGCACCUUGCUGGAGAAGGAGCAGGAGUGGAGCCUGGCCGUGUCCAGCUCGCAGCUCAACACCAUCGUGGCCGUCCACCCGCAGCAUCCCGCGGGCGGCGGGCUGGCGGCGGGCGGCGGCGGGCUCGGGGCGGCGGCAGGAGCCCCGCGGGACCGCGACCGCCCGCCGCCCUGCGCCGUGGGCUUCGUGGACUGCCUGUACGGCACCGUGCCCAAGCUGAAGGAACUGCACGUGCACCCCCCUGGCAUGCAAUACCCGGACCUCCAGCAGGACGCCAGGCUGAAAGAAACCCUUCUCUUCGCGGCCGGCAAGGGCUUCUCAGACCACCAAACUCCCACAAGCGAAUACCUCGAGUUAAGGGCCAAACUCCAAACCAAGCCGGAUUACCUCGAAGUCCUGGAGAAGACCACGUACCGGUUCUGAGCGCCGCCCGCCCCGGCCCCGCGCAGAGGAUACAGCUGUGCGCUCUGCCCCGCCAGAUGUGCGGGGCGGGGCGGGGCCCUGCUCAGAUCCUCCGUCGAUGAAGUGCCUUCGCAGACUUUUGCCAGCAGAUGUUAAUCAAUCAUUAUUUUUUAUACUGAAACUGAGACUUUGACUGUGCCAUGUCUAAGGUAUAUUAUUAUUAUUAUUAUUAUCGGGGAUCUUUGUAUUGAUCCUGAUUAAGUAAAUUCUAUGCGUGUCUUUUUUUUUUUCCUUUUUCUUUAUUAUUUUUUUUUUUGUUUCUCCUUUGCAGUAAACUUCCUUUAUAUUUUCCCUUGGAGGGGAGAGGGAGGGAAGAUGGAAUUUUGUGGCUUGCUCUCUUCUUGCCCAUCAUGGCACAGAUUCUGUACAUUUAUUUUUGAAAAAAAAAAAAAAAAACAAAAGAAAAAAAUGCAAAGAAGCAAACCGAGCGCAGUUUGCUGCAUGCCUGGAAACUGCAAGAGGGAAGGGAGGGGAGGGUCUUGCUCGAAUGUCUCACUCUUGUCUCUCUCCCUCCCUCACACGCACACUCACCUUCACCCUCCCCGCCUCCCCCCGCAUCCAGCCCGGCCCCUCCGCGCCCGCGCAGGGGCCGCGGAGGGGAAUCCCGAGGGCUGGGGAAGCCACCCGGAGCCGAGCAGCCCGAAGGAUGUAAGCACGUGGCGCACACACCUAGGGGAUGCUCAGUGACACUUCAUCAUGACGCCAUAGUUUUUUGGAGGACAUCCACACUUUUCCUAAUAAAAGCAACAUGCAGAUAUACACGUAAAGGGGAAAAAAAAAAUAAGAAAAAAAAAAAAGCUACUGGGCACCUAUCACUAACAGCUUUUAGGAAGCACUUUUAAUGUUUUCUCUCAUACACACACACACACACACACACACAAAGGUACAACAAUGUGCAUAUAUUUAUUCUGUAAUUUCAAGUGAAUAUAAAUUGUAAAGGUAAUGUUUAAUCAUUGUACAGUGAUGCGUCUGGUAUAGCUUUCCUAAUAAAACGUUUUGAAAAAAAUGCAUAUAUAUAUAUAUGUACCCAUAUAUAUAUAUAUAGGAAUACAAAGCUUGAACCUGAAACUUCAGCUUCCCCUUACGGAGAUUUCCUUCCCCCACCUUAACCUUGAAAGCUAUUUUAUUAAUAACAGUUCAAUGCACUGUGAUGUUAACAGAGGAAAAACCCUGUACGGCUUCUCUUGCCAAGAUACCACCCGAGACUUUAAAAAAUCCGAUUUACAAUCUGUAUUCCCACGUUGCACUGUACUUAUAGCAGUUCCCGUGCAUUUAAAAAUAGGCAGCGAAAUUAAGACCGCGUCCUCGAGUGGCAUUUCUCGCAGGAGCGCCGGUUCUCCUGCCUGUAGAUCUUCAUUGCGAUCGCACUAAAUGCGAAGUCAGCAGUCGGAGAAGGGGUGGGAGAGGGAAAUUAGAAGCCAUCUGAAAGGCAUCCCAGCGGUUUCAAUCCCCUCCUCCGCACAGCUGGGGCAGCGCUGCUCCUGCUUCCCCCGUUUGCUCCCCUCCGAAACCGGAGCGAGACCAAAGACGAUCGGAUUUCCCACCCCGGGAAGGUCCCGGUUGGUAUCUUGUCCCCGUUGUCUUGGCUGCGCGGGGCCGCCAGGGGGCGCUGCAGCCUCAGCGCUGGCGGCCGCGGUGCCCCGCAGGGCUCCCGCCCCGCUCCGCUCCCGGCGCCGCCGAUGCCCCCCGUGCGCCCCCACCGGGGCAGAGGCUGCAGCGGGGCGCCGGUGCUCCCGAGGCACCACCCUAAACAUCUUCAAAUACAGAGUUUUAUACGGAAAUAUAUAUAUAAAUACAAUUUCUCUUAGCGGUAAUGGUAAUUUAGCCAGGGGACUUGCGGUUAUUAUUUUUUUCCCCGCUCCUUUACUCCCCCAGGACCGUUCUUGCGGUCGUUGUUGGGGGACUAAGGAACGUUUCCCUUCCUGGAGCUGCUGUAGCACACGCGGUGUCUCCUCAGACCCAGCUAUCCUUCCUUCCCUCCGGGGAACAACUUGAUCUCGCCCAGCACAAAGCAUUCUAAGGGAGAUAAAACCAGGAAUACUUAGUUUUCACCCCAAGUGUCGCUAUUUAUAGCUUCAGCCGGUAUGCUUAUUGCAGGCUUUUUUUGUCGAUCUGUCUUGGAGAGGCAUCUGGGUGCGACAGAAGUGAUUCCCCGAGCCUUGGUAGUAGCUGCGUGCGUUUUGAGAUGGAGAGACUGCUCCAAAUGUCUGUAAAUUUAGCAUCAGCUCCGUAGUAUUGGUGAAACAUUUGAAGUUUCCAGAUCCCUCUGUUGAGUUUGUAGUGGGUUUUUUAUUGCUACCGCCUUCAGCUCUAACCUCUCGGGGUUUGUUCAUUUGGGGUUUCUUUUUAAUGGGCAGUAGAAGAGCAUGCACGUGUUAAAAGUAAUAAACUCCAAAAUGCAAAGGUCUGAUCCUUCUUAUGAUAAUCACAAUAAUUACAUUGAUAGGACUACGUGCAGGUAAUGCGUGGAGCUGUAUAAAUCAGGUUAAAGUACAAUCCCUAGUGAGAGUGGUGCUGUAUACAUUUGGCGAUGUCAUCAGACCCACAAGUGUUCAUACUUGUAUCCAAAUAUAGUAAAUCCAGUUGCAAAUAAUGUUUAUGUUUUAAUUAAACUGCAGAAAGACAAGAGAAUUUCAACAUAACCACAGGCAGUAAUCUUACCGCAAAGGGUGAAGAAAUCUAUUUAUUCAGUGGAAAUAAAUUUGUUCUAUAAGAAUGGAAUUUUGUAUUAAAGGAGAUAAAUUUUGGCUUACGGUUUUUUUUCUUUCCUUGUGUAGGAAACUUCCUUUUCCUUGUGUACUGGAAUCAUUUGGGGAUGAUUCGCUCUGAAAGUGUUGAUGAUAUUUAACUGUGAUAUCUAAUGUGUGUUAUGAUGACUUCUACUUUGCUAUUUCAUUGUGUUGAGCUGAGGCUGAGUGGGUGGCAGCAUUACUAUCCGCUGCAAGAAACAACAGUGGAUCCAUCCCUUCUGAUAUGUGACGGGUGACUCUCUAUAUGCUUUAACCUGGGUUACUCCUAAUUAAUAGGAAGUAUUAAUGAUAAUUAUAUCAUUAUCAGCACUAUUAUUGGUAGCAUUAAUAAUAUUGGGAAGGAAUCAAAUAAAGUCAAAUGAUCUGCAUUUACAUUGGAGCUGUUUGAUGAGAUACCAUUUUAAAUAAAUGAAUAUUUUUUUAACUUCCUUCAGUAUUGUGUAACGAGUAGGUGAUAGCAGCUUCAGCUGUUCAGCUUGUGGUGGUGCUCAGAACCUGGCAGUAAAUCUUUCGUCAUGUGUUUUUUUAUUCACUCAUUGACUAUAUUGAAAUUCUUCCUACAGGUGGAAAAGCCAAAAAAAGUCCAGGUAAGUCCCAGUCAUAACUGAUAAUGACUACAUACAGGACAAUAGAAAGAAUAAUAAUGGUGCUCGAUUAUCAGUGCUCUUCUCUAUGUCCUGGGUAUUGUCACUGAUGGCACUGUCAUAUUCUACCUGGGUUAAAAGAUUUGUUUAAGACUUGGAAAUUGCUUCAUAGAUCUCUUGACUGUAUCAAUAGUGACAGAAAGAUGUUCAGUUUUAUGAUACGAAUAAUAAUCCGACUUCUGGAAAGUGAUACAUGUCUGACUGUCACAACAAGCCAGGACCUGUACUGCUCUAGUUAGGCGAAUAUUACGGACAGGUAAUUUAUUACAAGAUUCAGUGGACAUGAGUUAGGCUGUGCUAAUUCAAAAUUUUGUGAGAGACCUUUUCAGACAAAACCACCUUUGGGCAUGUCAUCACAGCUGAUCCAUUUACAAGACAGAAAGGUGCAGUUAUGGUCAACUUGUGUUCUCUGCUGUAAACUUUUACAGCAACAGGGCAGAAAGGUCUCUACAAAAUGUCAAUAUGCAAUGCUCUGUGUUUCUGAAACACUAAUGCGUGCAAGCAGUAAGUCAUGAGUGUCAUGCUGCUUCUACUUCGUUCAAGUACCUACUUCAUGUGAGGUGUUACACAAAUAAGACGUGAUGAAUUGGCUUUAGGUAUAACGCAAAUGUUCGCGUGUAAAAAGUGUGUAGAAUUUGGCAGCAAGUUUUGAAGUUCAUUGCUUAUCUACAUUACUCAACCAAAGAGUAUGACUUCUGGCAAUGCUCCAGCCAUUUAGGUGUGGACUUGUUCCAGAAUUGCAUUUCUUCCAAAGGCAUUUGCUUUUACAAUCCGGAUUUAUGUACACUUGGAAAUCAUGCUGCUGAGCAUUGCAUAUUCCUAUUUUCUGAGUUUUCCAGGACUGAAUUCUAGAUCUGACUUCCUCGUAACUGAGUUUCACAGUGAAUUUAUGUAUGGGUCGUGCAGUGCAACACGGUUGUUUCCAUGGGAGAAAUGUGGAGUAAAUUCACUCAAUAUGUAGUUUCACAACUUCUUCAUACUAACAACAGCCCUUUGUACAAAUAUAUGCUAUUUUUAAUACUUUGUAAUUCUGAUGUGAGUUGAAAUACAUCUUUUUUUUUUGCCACUUAUUGAAAAAUUUCUCAUUUAUUCUGCCAAAUGUAGCUAUGCCCCACUUUGAAGUCUGUUCAAGCUAGUGGAAGAAGUGUAAUGUUCUUGGAACAAACCCUUGUGUGGGUGUGGACUGGAGGCCUAAUUCUGCUUCCUUGAAGCCAGCGAUGAAAUACAACAUAGCUGCCUAGUUUUUGUCAACAGUCUUGAAUGAAGAGCAAAGUCCGGUCUCACAAAAUUAGAAAAUGUAUUAAGAAAAGUGCUCCAUGUGACUAUUUCAGAAUAAAAUGAGUAGCAAUAUAAAGAAAAUGGUUUUGCUGCCACUUUAGUAGUUUUCCUGGUAGACAUCAUUCACAAAUUAACCAAGAAAUCUUUAGCAAUUUUAUUUUAAAAUAAUAGCAUUCCUAUAAAGAUGAAUGUGAGUGCAUCUCAGCAGAUUGGAGAAACGUGGAAAUCAGUACCAGAGUUUAGACCCAGUCUCAUAGGUGGCCAACUAGAAAACAAUAAUAUUAAUGUAACAAUUGCAAAUUUUUCGCAAAUACAUUAUUAGUAUAACCUUUUUCCUUGAAAGCAAGAAUAGUAACAAGCACUGACCACUGUGUUUCAUGUAAUCUUUUUUAAAUGUCUUUUGCUUGAUCCUUACAGUUCGCCACUUUUAAAAUUUUAUACUUCUGUUUUUAUUUUGUUGAGGUUUUUGGAGGCGUUAGGGAGGUUUCUGAUGGAAGCAUUGGCUUUGCUACGUAUGGCUGCUGGGGUGAAACUUCCAGGUUAUCUUUGAUCACUGUGAAAGUGUUUGGAAAUACUCCCCUGCGGUGGUGUUUUCUCUGUUAAAUUGGUCGGUAUUUUGGUGGUUUUCAGAAUAAUGCCGACUUGCUUAUUUUGUGGAAAAAUUAUGGGAGAAGGCUCAAAGGAAUGGAGCUGCUGGCAUUGCUAUAGGAAUUCCCUGUCCCAGAGUUGUACUGGGCGGUCUCUCUAUAGUGGAUGUAGCAUCAGUCUUUAUAUUUUUGAAUGUUAAGGAUAUUAAUAUUAAGUGUGGGGUAAUCUUUAGACUCUAUGAAGAUGUAUGUAUAUGCAAUACUAAGAUGUUGGGUGCCUUAAAAAGAAUAGAUAAUAACGGAGGGCAUAGCACAAUAUAAAAUACAGAUAACUCAGUUGUACAUUAUAUACUGAAUCUUUAAUAUCCAUUUACUUUUUCUAGCACCUUUAUUUUUCUACUAGAAUUUUCUAAAUUUCUCAAGAAUAUCCUGUAUAUUCUACGAAUUCUGAAGAAAUAUUUUAGGUUAGCCAAGGGUCGAAUGUCUCCGUAUUUGAGAAUUUAAGCAGGCAUCACUAACUGUGGAGGAAUAUUCCUGUCCCUGGCAUGUGGUAUGGCAGUUUGGCGUGUUGUUGUAGCACUGUGCCAGUAAGGGAGGUUCUCUGUACCAAUGAGAUUUUGCAGUUGGGUUUGAAUAAUCUCAAGCAGGAGUUUCUGAAUUGUGAUAAUCGCUGUCGAACCGGCAUAGCCCUGAGCCGUGCUGCUGCUUAUGAAGGCACUGCCAUCCCUUCUGCUGAUGGUGGGACCUGGCACUGUUGCCAGCGGGGGCUCUUGUAGCACUGUUUCUAAACAAACAAACGAAAGCAGAAGAAAGUUUUGGGAGUUUUCAUCCUACGGGGACCAUGUCAUCUGAAGAUAAUGACUGUCUCCAAAUGUUAAAGUGGCAUUGCUAUACUGAUUAUGAGAAAGUGUUUUUGUUGGGUUUUUUCCUUGCUUUCCUCUGUUUUACUUUGCUUUUCUGGAGACAGUAGGUUUUUUUCAUGUUAAAGACCUCUGGGAACAUAUUUGUUUAUGGUUUUUCAGGUCACGUUUGUUUAAAAUGAAGCCAGUCUAUCACAACAGUAAGUGUCCUAAACCGAGAUGAGCUUUCUAGAAACCCAAACCCUUUGGUUUUGUACUUGGCCUCUAAGUUAUUAUACGUGUAUGUCUAUAUAAUGUCCAUUAUCUGAAUAAUCUUUGAACUGAAGUCUGUAAUUGAACUUUGGAGGCUUUGACUUUGCGCAUCAAAGCUAAUUAAUGGGAGUUGUUUUUUGGGUUUUUUUUUUUUAUAUUCAGAGUAUGACUGGAGAGAGGAAAACACUGCAGUGUGAAAAUUCUCAUCAAAAAAUACUUUUUAAUAAGACUUUCAAUUUUUUUUCUUUUAUUUUCUUUGGAAAAUGAAGGAGCUAUGCUCAAGAGUGUAGGAAUUGUCACUCAGGCUUGGAGUUGAAAUAUGUUCGCUCCCUGUGGCCUGUUCUUCCUGAGAGUGCUCAGGACAGCCUGACUCAGAGGAAGGAAAAUGUAAGGAAUUUCCAUUAGUGAGAUUAUAGGGUUAGAUGUGGCCAGCUAAUUGGCUCUCACCCUGAGUAAUCAGGUACCGGGGGUACUGCACGACUGGAGGUACCAGUCCCGUGUGCACACGAAGCAGAGGAAGGCUGAAUACUUAGAAAUAUCGUAUUGUAUUGUUCCUGUGAAAUAUGAUCUUUAAAAAACCUGGAUGUUGGUAAUAGAUGGUCACCAUUUAAAAGUUUAUCCUUGUGUUCUUCAGAAAACUCAUUCAGAGCAGAUUUUCUCUGGUGCUGUUAGAUUGUCCCAUAGGAGCACAUCGGAUCCGUCUUCAUGAACACACUGCUGAAAAAUGGCUAAUGCAUUAAUUAGAGAGUAUCGUUUCUUGUGGCAUCACUUCUGUUAUGUUUUCUUGCAGUGACCCCAAAACCUGGCUGCUUUGGAAAGUGGAUAGUAUUGGCAAGCAAAGAAAUAUGGCAAGUAAAGGUAUUUUUCAGAUCCAGUUUACGUUAGUGUUCUCUCAAAAGAAAGGGCAAGUCAUAGCUCCUUGUUCUGCAGCCCUCACUGAGAAUAAGCAAAGGCACUCCUUAAAGCAAAGAGUCAGUCACGGUUCCAUCUCUUUAAAUCUCCCCUUCAGUUUUAAACCAACGACAUAAGAAAUGUGGAUGUAUCUAAUAAUUCUUCAUUGAUAGAAGGAAUGGCAUUGGCAUCACUGGGAGAUGGGUUAAGUUGUGACAAGUGGAAACUGUGCCAAGGCUAACAAUGCAAAUGGCACCUGAAAAUUGAGCAUCUUGUUGGAUUAGAAACAGUCAAUAACAACAUGCAAUGCUUGUUGAAAGAUCUCUUUUUAGAGCAGGUAAACAAGUAUCUAUCAGAAUCACAUUUUUCCUGCGUUUGGCCCCAAUUCUCAACCAGGCUCCAGAUUGUUUGCAUUUUCAGUAUUGCUUUUACCUGUCUGCAUGCACAGAUAUUCAGUUGGCUGACAAUAAGAUUUAACACCUCGUUUUGCACAUUGAACAUGUGCCUGAAAUGAAGGCCAGUUGAAAAUAAGGUUAUUUUUGUUGGGUUUUUCUAUAGAGUGGUGUUUUGCACCUCAAGACUUCAUUCUGUAAGAUGUAUCGACUGGAUUGCCUACCUGUAACUCAGCUUUGUAAGCAUCAUCCUGAGGUUAGCCAUGGCGGUAUUACAUGCCUUGUAUUUUGCCAGCCCCUACAAGACAGCCAAAAUCUGUUAAAGCCUUCAGAGCACAAAACAUUGAUAAGAUGGAUCUCUAACAGGUACGCAUCAGGGAUAAAAUGGAGAUGAUUCAUUUGCAACAACCUAGAAUCUGUUGCUGUUAACUCAAAGCAGCAGUAACUGCCUCGUAUGUUGUUACUUCUACUGGAACAGGGCACCUAAUAUGUGUAAAGGAAACACUAAGAAUGUACGGUAUAUACAUAUAUACCAUGUGUAUGUAUGGAUGUAUACGUGGAUAUGCUGGCGUAUUGAAAUGUAGAAGUCAAUUUUUUGAGAGUUCUGAGAGAUUGAGGUGUAUGGCUUGCUUCGGACUGUUAUUCACAAUACGGGAAUUUUGGUUGUGAGGCUAAAAAUAGAUGAAUUAAGACCUACAUUCUCAAUGUAGGUCAGUGGAGGCACUUCUCAGACAUAUUAGCAUUUUGGACACUUAAUCAUAGCAGCAUAUUGCAUCUCCUAGAACAGGUUAGUAGAGGCAGUGCAGGAGAAAUUGCUGCAGCUGAAGUCAUUCAGAAAGGUUGCCAAGUUUCUCAGGAACCAGAAUGGCAGAAUAAUGAGUAUUAUAUUUAAUUCGGGAUGGAAAGGCAACCGUGGGGAGUUCAGCAAAGGCAACUCAGAUCAUCUUGGCUCUGUGGGGGAGGGAGAAUUUAUAACUAUAGCUAGCUAAAAAGAAGCAAGCUGUGUGUGUGCAUUUGUGUGUAUAUAUAUAUUUAUAUAUAUGUAUAUACAAAUCUGUGUAGGUGUAUAUAAGACUGUGUGUAUAUAUGUAUGUAUGUAUAUGCCUAUAAUGUAUAAUAUGUGUAACUAGAGAUACGUACACAUUUAUAUAAAUUUAUAUUUCUCUAUAUAAAUAUUCAUGCAACUAUGGGAAAUCACAUGCCUACAGUGUGUCCUUUUCUUUAAAAUCCAACAAAAAGCUGCUUCCAUUAACAUCAUAUUGGCACAAAUGUCUUAAGUUAUUUUUUUUCUGCAUAGAAAGGAGUGUUGCUUAGUGGUUGAGCACAAGCCUGGAAGGCCUUUACUAUUCCAAAGGACUCCGAGUAAGUUGUUAGCUGCUCCACAGCUGUUCUAUAUUUGUGAAAUAAAGUGUUGGCCAAAAUGACUCAGGGCAGGUUUUAAAGGGAAAGUGGCUACUGAUCGUUUGUGCUCUGGAAACCUCUAUUAUGGUCACAGAGUUUUGAUGGUGAAAUAGCCACAUUAGUAAUUAUUCUGGUUGCUGUUAAAGUGUCAGUGAAUCCUAAUGGCUUCCAAACAGAGGGGGAGGGGGAAAAAAAGAUGAAUUUCCUGCUCUAGAAUAAGUUAUCUGAAGUCUGAUUACUUUGACUCAGUGAUGUAUGGAUUUCCAUUUAGGGUUAGAAUGUUAGGCUGUAAAUCAAGAAUCUUAGCUCGGUGAAUGUCUAGUUCAGGUUGUGUCUUUUAUGUUAUAAUUGAUUUUAAAUAAUUUCACUUCAUCAUCAGAAAAAGCUACACCUUAAUUCACGAUGAGCUCCAAGAAUUUCUCAGCUGGAAAGCUAUUCAUACCAGGGUGAAUUUUGCACUUGAAUUCAAUGGGAUUGAAUCAGAUCAGAGUGUUUCAUUAAGUGCUGACAUUAAAAUGAUCUUGUAGUUGUGCAACUAUUAACUAAAAUUGUAAUUUUGUAAUAAAA